GUUUUCCCAAUGCUCGAAUCACUUAGUUCACAAUUUAGCAAGUUGAACUCGACCCAGCUGAACCCAUCGUGACCUUGGUUUGACUCUUACACCCUCCACGGCCAGGGCGUUCAACUUCAGCCUGAACCCUAGGUCCUCCCGACCGUGGCCCAACCCGUGCUCCAUUCCCGUUUAACCAUUGGCAGUCUCAUGUUGCCCUAUCUUUCUCUUGUUACCGUUGAAGCACACAGGAGUCCAAAAAGCUAAGCAAUGAAAGAGUAGAGAAAAUUCAUCCUCCGUCAGAGUAGUAUAAAAAAAAGCAAGUGAAAACAGCAGAAAAGUGCAGCAAACCAAACUCAGCCAUUACCUUACUCCACACCCACACAAUACCUUCCUCCCAAGACAACCAAGGCACAAUCCUCCCUCCCAAGAAAACAAAAGCACUAAAAUAGCCGUAUUACCAUUAGUACACCUCAGAAUUCUCCAUCUUUUCCUCUCUGUUUUUCUUUCCUCGAGAAAGUUAGAAGAAGGGAAUUCAAUUCCAUUCCCUUCUUACAAACAAAGCCAUAAACAAAAGAAAGAAAUAAUUCAAUUCUAUUGUUUACAAUUUUCCCAUUUUGUCAUGACUGAAACCAUGGACACUACAACCCCAACAACACCAAAACAACCACAAAUUUCUGAAAUGUUUUCAAAAUUUGCUCUAGCUUUCAAGACCAAAACUUUCGAAUUCUUCGCCGAUGAAAUUUCUGACGCCGACGAAGGCUUCUCCCUCCUUGACUCUGCCGAGGAUUUUAUCCCUGACCAGAAAGUCAUAAUCUUGAAACCUGACCAACCCUUGAAUCAAAAUCAAGAAUUUUUGGCACUGCAAGAGUUGACAGUGAAAAAGACUUCUUAUUUGCAGUUACAAAUUGCACACGUUCCUUUUAAUGAAGAGAACAUUAAAGUAGCUGAUAAGGCUUCAGUUUCAGUUCUUCAAAGGUUGUCUGAUUUGAAGCAAGUUUAUAGGGAUAUGUGUAAGAAUCCUGAUUCUGGUGAUGAUUUGCCAAUUGGAUCUUCCUUGGAAGCUCAAGUAGAAGAGAAUCAAAGCAAGUUGAGAAUUUUGGGGACUGUUUCUAAUAGUUUGCAAGCAGAGAUUGAUAAAAAAGAUUGCGAGGUUUCGGCUUUGAAGAAGAAAUUGAUUGAGGUACAAAGGUCCAAUUCUUUAUUUUCUAAGAGGUUGCGCAGUAGUUUGAAUUUGAAUUCUGAGGUCUUGUUGACUGUUAAGGUUUUUGAUUCUGUGCUAAAUGAUGCUUGUAGAACAAUGCAUAAGUUUACUAGGAUAUUGGUUGAUUUGAUGAGAAAAGCUGGUUGGGAUUUGGAUUUGGCGGCCAAUUCUGUUCAUUCUGAUGUUGGUUAUGUGAAAAGAGGGCAUAAUCGUUACGCAUUUUUGUCUUAUGUUUGUUUGGGGAUGUUUAAAGGUUUUGAUUUAGAAGGGUUUGGUUUGGAGAGUGACGGUGAGAUUUUAUGCAACGGGCAUGAGUCUGUUUCGGCUAAGAGUAAUAGUGCGUUGAAGCAAUUACUUGAGCAUGUAUCUAGCAAUCCUAUGGAGUUGCUAAGUAGGAAUCCUACGAGUGAAUUUUUGAGAUUUUGUGAAAAGAAGUAUCAAGAGCUUGUAAACCCAACAAUGGAAUCCUCGAUUUUCAGCAAUUUCGAUCAAAAUGAAUUAGUGUUGAAUUCAUGGAGGUCACUUGGUAUGUUCUAUGAGUCAUUUGUUAACAUGGCUAGUUCUGUAUGGACACUUCAUAAGCUGGCGUUUUCUUUUGAUCCCGUGGUUGAUAUUUUUCAAGUGGAAAGAGGGGUUGAUUUUUCAAUGGUGUAUAUGGAAGAUGUCAUGAGGAGAUGCACCAUGCCAGGUAAAACCAGGCUGAAGGUUGGGUUCACAGUGGUUCCAGGAUUUAAAAUCGGAAGAACAGUUAUCCAAUCUCAGGUUUAUUUAUGUGGCUCAACAUGUACAGAAUAAUUGUUUACGUUUUCUGCCAAAGCAAAGCAAUUUAUGUCUUGCUUGGAAUCUCUGCACUAAAUUUGAACAUCAAAGGCUUGGACUCAAAACUACAGUGGCACAAGAAUCCGAAGGUAACAGGUCAGGGUUUUAAUGCAUACACCAGUUAAAUAUGCUCAAGGAGGAAUUGGAAAUAUAUAUGCUCAGACGAACCAGCUAUUUAUUGUGCUGUUUCACCUGGCAUUAAGAGCAACUAUGGCAUGCAGCUUUUGGCUAUCUUUUGAUGUGCAGUUAUAGGAUUAUACUUACAGUUAGGUUGUGAAUUUACACACACCCCUUUUCAUUUUUCUUUCCUUGCUUCAAGUCCCGUGUAAAAAUGGCUGUAAAUGUAUGUUUUUAACUUUUCUGUUUUGGUAAUGAUUGCAAGCUCUCUUCUGACUCACACUACACAUAGUGCAUCUGGCCUUAGCCUCUUUAGAUACAUGCAAAUUUACUUGGAAUGGAACGUUGAGC